CCCGUUUUACAAAUCGAAAAAUUCGAACGAAACGAAAACCGAAAAAUCUGUGCUUUCGAUUUAAGAUCGAUAUCGUAAAUUACGAUAAAUUCUCGAUGAUUCCAGUUUUUAAGCGAUUACAUUCCACGUGGCAUUUGCUUAAAAACCUAAUUUCAGGCUAGCCUAACUAACCAUCAGUCUUGAACAUUUGGCUUAAAUAUUCUGGAUAAAAUGGAAUUCAAUUACCUUGCUGAUUCCGCACUUUCCACUUUAGUGGAAAACAAAAAGUUCUUCAAGGAAAUGUCAGAUUUCGUGUCCGAUUUCAGCGAUGGCGGGAAGAUCAAGAAGUUGCUCGAGCAGAGCGUUGAGCAGAGCGUGGAGCACGCCGUGAAUGUAGUCCAUAUGAAGAUAAAGCACCAAUCGCUCAACAAGGCUAUGAAUCAGGUCAAAAACUCUAGCGCCACCAUCGAGGAGUUCGAGGAAGUCUGGAAGGAACGCUCCAAAGCGGUGGAGCAGAAGCGCAUCAAUGUCAAGAAUCUACACGAGUUCAAGAACUUCGUAAAAGCAGUUGAAUCAGCAGCUGGUCAGGCGGGUGCGGAAGUCAAUGAUCAAGCGAAUGGCACCGCCUAUGAUGAGGACCUUAUUAUGGAAGACUCCGGCAGCGAGGUCUUCUCGUUCUACGAUCCCUGGUCCAAGGCCCUGAUAAAGAACCCCAUGCGCAACAAAAUGUGCGGUCACAUCUACGACCGCGACUCGGUGAUGCCGAUCAUAAUGGACCGCAUUGGCAUCCGAUGCCCGGUGCUCGGCUGCGCCAACUUGUGCUACAUCCAGCCAGAUCACCUGGUCCAGGACGCCAAUGUCCAGCAAAAGAUACAACAGAGCAUGUCUAACGCGAUCGUGGAUGUAACUGCCUCGGAGGAGGACGAGGAAUAGAACAGAUAAUGAUUGUGCCCAACUCCGUCCUUGUUGAGAAUUAACUUAGUAAAAUAAAAUAAAUUCAUUGUUGCCAUU